ACGGUUAGAUUUCGCCACAGCUUUAGCUCCCCAGGUCUCUCUCCCCUAAGAUCAAAGAUCGUCAUCAGCUAAUUAGGGUUUCAAAAACUCGAAUUUUUUCUUCGAUUUCUAUUCCUUUUUUUUUUUUUUUAAUUUGAAACUUCUUUCAUUCUAAAUAAAAUUUGAUUUAUGGCUGUCUCAACAUUUUUUUAAUUUCAAUUAAAAAUUUAAAAUAGCAAAGAAAUGGAAACACAAAGGAUUUUAGAGUUUCCACAUAAGAAUAUGGACAAGCGUCCAAGGAAACGACCUCGUUUAACAUGGGAUAUCCCUCCUCCUCUCCCUCCUCCAAAGGUUCUUCCGGCUUUACAUUGUGGGCAGCAGUUUGGUAAUGGAGAACUGCCGAAUUACGUGUGCUCAUCUUUGUUUUAUGGUGGAAUUCCCCGGAGUGGUUCACCUCCAUGGAGACCAGAUGACAAAGAUGGCCAUUAUGUUUUUGCCAUAGGCGAAAAUUUGUCUCCUCGCUAUAGAAUUCUCAGCAAAAUGGGUGAAGGGACAUUUGGGCAAGUCUUGGAAUGUUUUGACUAUGAAAAGAAAGAAGUUGUGGCAAUCAAAAUUGUUCGCUCCUUAAAUAAGUACCGUGAAGCUGCUAUGAUUGAAAUUGAUGUUCUACAGAGGCUUGCAAGGCAUGAUGUUGGUGGCACUCGUUGUGUGCAAAUACGGAAUUGGUUUGACUAUCGUAAUCAUAUUUGUAUUGUUUUUGAGAAGCUUGGACCUAGCUUAUACGAUUUUCUCCGCAAAAACAGCUAUCGUUCAUUUCCCAUUGACCUUGUUCGGGAGCUUGGCAGACAACUAUUGGAGUCUGUAGCAUUUAUGCAUGAUUUACGCCUUAUACACACUGACUUGAAGCCGGAAAACAUUCUUCUUGUUUCUUCUGAGUAUGUUAAAGUUCCGGAUUAUAGAUUUCUAUCACGGUCCACUAAAGAUGGUUCCUAUUUCAAGAGUCUGCCCAAGUCAAGUGCCAUUAAGCUUAUUGAUUUUGGAAGCACAACAUUUGAACAUCAGGAUCACAGUUAUGUAGUGUCAACACGACAUUAUCGUGCACCAGAGGUUAUUUUGGGCCUUGGAUGGAAUUAUCCUUGUGAUUUGUGGAGUGUGGGUUGCAUCCUAGUUGAACUUUGCUCUGGUGAGGCUCUCUUCCAAACACAUGAGAAUUUGGAGCAUCUUGCCAUGAUGGAGAGGGUUUUAGGGCCAUUACCCCAACAUAUGACUGUCAGAGCCGACCGCCGUGCUGAGAAAUAUUUUAGAAGAGGUGCACGAUUGGAUUGGCCUGUUGGUGCAACUUCAAGAGAAAGCUUGAGGGCAGUUUGGAAAUUACCUCGUCUUCCAUUUCUUUUUUUGCCCGCAGAAUCUAAUAAUGCAGCAUGUAGAUCACUCUGCUGGUGAUUUGAUAGAUCUUUUGCAAGGUCUCCUGCGAUAUGACCCAGCAGAGCGGCUGAAAGCAAGAGAAGCCCUAAGACAUCCCUUCUUCACUAGAGAUUUGAGAAGGUAUGGCUAUCCCUUGUAAUUGCAAAGCCGCAUCCAUUGCCGAAGAUGAGCUUGGGUAAUCUUUGUAAUCAAGUGAAAGAAGGAAAUAAUGUCCAAGGCUGGCUCAAGUUGCAUGAUAAUCUUUAAAGCCAUUUGCUUUGUAUGAUGAUUGUUGUAUAGUGAUGAAAUAUAUGUUUUUCUCCGUCUCCUUCUGAGUGUUUUUUUUUUUUUUUCUGAUAUUAUUGAAGAAAGAAAAUAUGUUACUUUGUUCUCUAUGCCAAAUUUGUUACUUUUGUUUUGGUGGCUC